AUGGCUGAGUUGCAACAAGAACUCCGCGACCUCCGGGAACAACUUAAAGACGCUCGAGCCGAAAAAGAGUUUUUCGAGAACAAGUACAGUGACGCGGGCGAGUCGAUGGAGAUGAUGACGCUCGAUAAAGAUGGCGAGGCGAAGGCUGAGAAUUUGCAGCAUGAGGUUAACAUAUUGAUGGAGAAGAUCGAAGAGAUUAAUGUUGAUUUGAGCGUGUUUAAACAGGAAGGAGACUUGAUGAAUCGUACAAAGACUAAUGUUGAUAGACGGACAGCUGUUGAAGUUAUUCAACUUGAACGACAGAACGAGCGGUUGAAAGAGGCACUUGUUAGAACUAAACAAUAUGAAAAAGAGUUGGUGUCGUUGCAAGAUAUACAUGGUAUGGAAGUAAUCUCCACCUAUAUAAACGAAAAGCAAGACUCUAAAGAGGAACUACUAAUCAGCGGUCUCCAACAAUUAAUCUACAAAAUCACGGAACACAUCCUCGGUAGCAACGAGAUGAACAUAUGGGAAGGGUGUACGAACUCGUUGCAGGGGCUAUGCCUGGAAGUUGGCAGUUUGAAUAAUUGUCGAAUGAUAGUGAGCGGUCUGAGCCAGGUUAAAAAUAUCAAGGCUAAAGUUCUUGUUAAUUUGGAUAUGGAACAUCAAUUUCUACAAGAAGCACAAGUGAAAAUCGAUUUACAAGAGAAACAUAUGGAACUUAUUAAAAAUCAGGCUGAUACAAUCGCCAUACUUGAAGAACAACUAACCAGCUCGCGAAGACAACAGUGA